AUGGCUUCACCACAAGAAAUCGACAAUCUCCAAAAAUCAUUUCAAAGAGCGGCUACCUUGUCAGGAUCACCUGGAGCCGUCUCGACAUCGCCAACACAAUCUUUCAUGAACACACUUCCACGUCGUAUCAGCGUUUCAAAGCAAACAAAAGCCUUGAAGCCAUUUUCUACUGGUGAUAUCAAGAUCUUACUUCUUGAGAACGUUAACCAAACCGCCAUCGAAAUAUUCAAUGAGCAGGGCUACCAGGUUGAAGUGCUAAAAGGCUCUCUACCAGAAGAUGAGUUGAUCGAAAAGAUCAAGGACAUUCAUGCUAUUGGUAUUAGAUCCAAGACUAAGUUGACUGAAAAGGUUCUAAGACAUGCUAAGAACUUGGUCGUUAUCGGUUGUUUCUGUAUUGGUACUAAUCAAGUUGACUUGGACUACGCUGCUAAGAUCGGUACUGCCGUUUUCAACUCACCAUUUUCUAACUCCAGAUCAGUUGCUGAAUUAAUCAUGGCUGAGAUUGUCUCUUUGGCAAGACAGCUAGGCGAUAGAUCCAUUGAACUACAUACUGGUACCUGGAACAAGGUCUCGGCCAAAUGCUGGGAAGUUAGAGGCAAAACUUUAGGUAUUAUCGGUUAUGGUCAUAUUGGUUCUCAAUUGUCUGUUUUGGCGGAAGCUUUCGGUAUGCAUGUCUUGUACUAUGAUAUCGUCACAAUCAUGGCAUUGGGUACCGCCAAGCAAGUUUCCACUCUUGAUGAGCUUUUGAACAAGUCUGAUUUUGUUACUUGCCACGUCCCAGAAACUGCUGAAACCAAAAACUUGUUAUCUGCUCCUCAAUUUGCAGCCAUGAAGGACGGUUCAUAUGUUCUAAAUGCCUCCAGAGGUACUGUUAUAGACAUCCCAGCUUUAAUUCAGGCUAUUAAGGCUAACAAGAUUGCCGGUGCUGCCCUCGAUGUCUAUCCAAAUGAGCCAGGCAAAAAUGGUGCUGGAUCCUUCAAUGACGACUUGAACAGCUGGACUUCUGAACUCGUCUCUUUACCCAACAUCAUUUUGACUCCCCACAUUGGUGGCUCCACUGAAGAAGCUCAAAGUGCAAUUGGUAUCGAAGUGGCAGCGGCCUUGUCGAAGUACAUCAAUGAGGGUAACUCUGUUGGUUCUGUGAACUUCCCAGAGGUUUCUCUAAGAUCGUUGGAUCUAGACCAGGAAAACACUGUCCGUGUCCUAUAUAUUCAUCACAACGUUCCAGGUGUCUUGAAGACUGUUAACAAUAUUUUGUCUAACCACAACAUUGAAAAACAAUUUUCAGAUUCAAACGGCGACAUUGCUUACUUGAUGGCAGACAUUUCCUCGGUAAAUCAAAGUGAUAUCAAAGAAAUUUACGAUCAACUGAACGAGACUGAAUACAAAAUUUCCAUCAGAUUACUAUAUUGA